AUUUAAUAAACAUUUGACAAGUUGCCCUUGAGCAUGUGUCAAACAGAAUACAUUGGCAUAAAACACAUUGUGCUGAUGAACAUGGGAAAUCAAUCUGGAAGGUAAUUCUUUCAAACAAGGAGAAAAGAAAAUGAAAAAGUGUGAGCUCUGCGAUUCUUUAGCAAAGAUGUACUGUGAAUCAGAUCAAGCCAUCUUGUGCUGGGAUUGUGAUUCCAGAGUUCAUGGUGCCAAUUUUCUUGUUGCUAAACAUCUAAGAACUCUUCUCUGUCACCUCUGUCAAUCUCCGACGCCCUGGAAUGGCUCCGGAACGAAGCUCGGUCCAACUGUUUCCGUUUGCGAGAAUUGUGUCGAUCAAAAUGAUUCUAGAGAGGAGAUGAACUACGAAGAAACACACGAUGACGACGUCGAUGACGGGGAGGAGGAGGGUAGUGAAGAUGAUGAUGACGGAGAUAGCGGUGAUGAUGAAGAAAAUCAAGUCGUUCCGUUGUCAUCUACAGCGCCACCGGUUUCCAGCUCUUCGACGAGUGAAGAAUGUUCCGCCGGUUUCGCAACGAGACGGUAGUAGAUCCCUCUUCUCGAGUAAGCUAAUGUUUCUCUCUUGAUCAUCCAGGUUGCUCAUAUUGUCCGCAACAUCAUGAAUUUGUCAAAUGGCGAUGACUUUAUUUCAUCCAAAAACCAGAAAUAAUAACACAACACUGUUUGAUGUCUGCAAAUGACAAAAGUUCCUUCUAAAGCAGACUUUUAUGUUCCUUUUUUUUCUUGUUUAAUUAUCAGCUAAUUGGUUUUUCACCAUUGUAUAGCUGCAAAUGUUAA